AUGUCGCAAUCACACCAAUACCCAACUCUCCCGCGGGAAAACACCCUCGUCCAACUCCCCGCAGAGUACCCCACCGACGCGCAAGACCAGAUCUCUAGGCUCCUCGCCACGUCUUCUAUUAAUCGUCUCGUUGUGCUGGACGACGACCCAACUGGUACCCAAACCUGCCAUGAUAUUUCCGUGCUCGCCGUAUGGGAUAUACCCACUCUCAUCACCGAAUUCCAGACUGAUUCUCCCGGCUUCUUUAUUCUCACCAACUCGCGUGCCCUCCCCCCACCAGAUGCCCAGAACUUGAUCCGAACAAUAUGCGAGAAUGUCAAGGAGGCAGCAAAGUCCACUGGUAAUACGAUCGAUAUUGUUCUGCGCGGUGAUAGCACCCUGCGAGGUCAUUUCCCACUCGAGCCAGAUGUCGCGCAGUCGGUCUUUGGUCCUGCCGAUGGCUUAGUCCUGGCUCCCUUUUUUUACCAGGGUGGACGCUUUACCAUCGACGAUGUCCACUAUGUCGCGGAAAGGGGUAAUCUGGUGCCUGCGGGAGCGACACAAUUCGCGCAAGACGCCACAUUUGGAUAUAAAAGCUCGAAUCUGCGAGACUAUGUGUGUGAGAAAGCACCGGGCCGCUUCUCCACCGACCAGUUGCAUUCUGUCACCAUUGGUGAGAUCCGGCGCGGGGGACCACAAGCUGUUUGUGAGAAGCUCCUUGCAACGCCUGCUGGUGGUGUGGUGAUUGUGAACGCGGCCGCCGAAUCCGAUAUGCAUGUCUUUGUCGCUGGAUUGUUGCUGGCUGAGUGCAAGGGGAAACACUUCCUCUACCGCACCGGCGCGGCCUUUGUGUCGACCAGACUCGGAAUCCGUUCCAAGCCCCCUAUCUCGGCGGCCGAACUUAAGCUCCCCUCCCCUCGCCAGACCGGCGGCCUUAUUAUCGCCGGGUCCUACGUGCCGAAGACUACGGCUCAGCUCAAGGUCCUCACAGACCGCCGCGGCGCAACCGGCAAGCUAGCCAUCAUUGAAAUGAAAGUAGAAGACCUCAUCGCGUCACCUGAAACAGCGUCACAAGCCGUGCAGCGGGUUGUUGAGGCGACGGAAGCGCACCUCCAGGCUGGGCAAGAUACCUUGGUCAUGACAAGUCGGAAGCUGAUUACCGGCGCUGAUGAGCUUUCGUCCUUGAAGAUUGGGUCGGUUGUUGCGGAGGCUCUUGUCAGUGUCUUGCAGCAGAUCGAGGUGCGGCCGAGGUAUAUCAUUGCGAAGGGUGGGAUUACGUCCUCGGAUGCUGCUACCAAGGGAUUGAACGUCAAGCGCGCGACUAUUGUCGGCCAGGCCGCGCCCGGGGUGCCGCUCUGGCUGUGCGAUGAGCCGACGUCUCGUCAUCGCGGCGUGCCUUUUGUCGUCUUCCCGGGGAAUGUGGGUGGAGAGGCGACACUUUGUGAGUUGGUGGAAGGGUGGUAUUAG